AUGGCUUUGGCGGACACAAGAGUUGCUUACCAGCCGGAUGUUGACAAGCCUACUGGAGUUCUGGCCUAUGACUUGGUUCAAGACAGUCUUGUGCAACGGAAUUCGUUUAUGGACAAAUCAAUACCUGAUCCACCGACAGCUGUUCUCCUGCAUGGCAUCCUUGGGAGUAGGAAAAACUGGGGGUCUUUUGCGAAGAGGUUGGCUCAGGAAUUUCCAAUGUGGCAGUUCCUCUUGGUUGAUUUGCGUUGCCAUGGCGAUUCAGCAUCAAUUAAGAAACGGGGACCACACUCUGUUGCUUCAACUGCUCUUGAUGUUCUAAAGCUGGUUUUGCAGCUCAGGCUAAACCCUCGGGUGUUGGUUGGUCACAGCUUCGGUGGAAAAGUGGCUUUGAGUAUGGUAGAACAAGCUGCAAAACCGCUUGCUCGUCCUGUUACGGUAUGGGUUCUUGAUGCUACUCCUGGCACAGUUCAUGCUGGGGGAGAUGGCGAAGAUCAUCCUGCUGAACUUAUUGAGUUCCUCAGAAGAAUGCCCAUGCAGGUUUCUUCAAAGCAGGAGGUUGUGGAUGCUCUUGUCUAAGGACAAUUUUCUGUGGAUGUUGCACGGGUCACAAAUCUCCGACGAAGCAGUCCAUUAGGACCACAAUCAUCUUCGAGCUUCUCAUGGACUUUUGACUUAAAGGGCAUCUCUGAGAUGUACAAGUCCUAUGAAGAUGCUAACUUAUGGAAGAUUGUAGAAAAUGUACCGAGGGGAGUUCAUUUUAAUUUCCUAAAAGCUGAGCGAAGUUUGCAUAGAUGGGCUCUUGAAGACCUCCAAAGAAUUCAUACUGCAGAGGACUUGACUGCAGAUGAGGGCGGAGGAGUUGAAAUGCAUGUGCUUGAAGAUGCUGGACACUGGGUUCAUGCAGACAACCCAAAUGGUCUCUUUAGGAUUCUCUCAUCAACCUUUCGGAUCGAGACUACUGUAAGAGGGAUGCAAGACUGA